AGAUCGCUUUGUGAGAAUGGAGGCGUUGGUCAAUGAGUUUGAGGAUAUGUGUAGGAAUGCAGCACUUGUUCAGGAAGAGAUCUUGGGGGCCAUUGUGGAGCACAAUGCUUCUUGUGAGUACCUCAGGAGCUACAAUGUGACUGAUACAGAUUCAUUCAAAGCCCACAUCCCCAUUGUGGACUACGAAGACAUUGCUGCAAGGAUUCAACGUAUGGCAGAUGGAGGUCCAGGCUCUGUCCUGUGCAAAGAUCCCGUCAUUGUAUUCAUCUUGAGCUCGGCAACAACAACUGAUAAGCGCAAGGCUUUUCCACUUACCACAAAGUCCCGCAGCCUGAAAAACCAUGCAGACAAGAUUUCAGCGGGUUAUAGAGAAAGAGAUUUUCCAGUCGGUUCCUUUCCAACAGCUUUGGCUUUCAUGUAUGCUCAACCUCAUGGGACACUCUCCAAAUCAGGCCUCCCAAUCAUGCCUGGUUCUAGCUUCUAUUUCACAAGCCAGGUUUACAAAGAGAGGCCAAGCAGGAGCACAAGUACAGACGAGGUUAUCUUUGGUCCUUGGUGGGAGUCAACGUACUGUCACUUGCUCUCUGGACUCAUUUUACGCACGGAAGUGGAUUAUAUUACUUCCUUCUUUGCUUAUACUCUUGUCCACGCGUUCAACAUGCUGGAGGCUGAAUGGAGGAACCUCUGUUACGACAUAAGAACUGGAAAACUGGACGAAAGAGUCAAAGACGUUAAAUUGAGAGCAGCUGUUGUAGGGGUGCUGCGCGAAGAUCCAGACUCAGCUGGCUCAAUAGAGGAGGUCUGCAGCAGCAACGUGUCAUGGGAUCAAGGGAUAGUUCUAAAGCUUUGGCCCAAAGCUAAGUACUUAUUGACUGUGGUAACAGGUGGUAUGAAACCUUACAUUCCUGCUCUAAGGAGGUAUGCAGGAGGUGUACAUAUUAUGGGAAGGGCGUACAUAGGUUCAGAAGGAGUCUAUGGAAUAAACAUAGAUCCCGCUACUGAACCAGAGAAUGUUGUCUUCACACUUGUCCCUACAACAUUAUACAUGGAGUUUCUUCGGCUCAGGGACAACAAGCUGGUGGACUCAAGUAACUUAGAAAUCAGUGAGCAGUACGAACUGGUUAUUACCACACAUUCAGGUUUGUAUCGGUACAAAGUGGGGGAUGUGGUCAAAGUCGUCGCUUUCUUUCAUGAGAGUCCACAAAUGGCCUUUGAAUAUCGUCGCAGUGCGGUGCUAAGUGUAAGCCUGGACAUGACCAGUGAACAAGAGCUCCAGAACGUGGUAAGAAGAACAUGCAUCGAGGCGAACCUGGAAAUUGUGGAUUUCACAAGUCACUCAAACCUGUCAGAGCAGCCUGGCCACUAUGUCAUUUACUGGGAGCUGAAAAACGAGCCAAACAUUUACUCCAAUCAUGCGCUUCUAAAUAGGUGUUGUAACGUUCUGGAUCGGUCAUUUACUUCUAUUUUAUACAUCACGGGGAGAAGAACUGGUACAAUCGGACCCCUGAAGCUUGUGACCGUGAAAAAAGGUUGUUUUGGAAGACUUCUGGAGCAUGCAGUUAGAAAUGGCUCUGCAGCUGGACAGUACAAGACUCCAAGGUGCAUCAAGAGCCCAAAAGUGCUAGAGAUUUUGGAAGGGGAAAUUGUCACCACUUAUAGAAGCUCGGAAUACCUUCCUAAAGAUCAUAUCUGAAAUAACAAUUCUCUGAGCCAAUUGGCUAAAGGGGUGA